AUGGAGAGGUCACACGAUGAGAUUGAUUUCUUCAGGAUGAAGAGGAGGUCACGCGCCGGAACCUCGUGCCGAGGUUUGUUUGAUUUCUCGUGUUUUUUGUGCUGCGUCCCGGUGCCUGAUGCUACUGUGGAAUCGAUCUUCUGGAAUGGGAGAUGAUGUUUUCCUUCUGUGGUCGUGUGUCGCGAAAUCUGCAGGCAUUCAAAGCGUUGUGUCGAAGAUCAGUCCGCAGCUCUUGAAGACGGUCAUGGCGUCCGGAGAGGCCAGGGAUGUCGACUCGCGGCGCCAGGGGAACUCCCACGUCUCGUCAGAUCCAUCGUUCUGUGCUGCGGCAGGGAGGUUGCCAUCGCCGCUCCCCGUCUUCGAUCCCAAUUCCAGGUGACUGACUGAUCCGUCUUCUCUUCUCGAUUUCUAUGGUAGAGGACUCGGGUUGAGAUGCAGGUCUCGUUUCUGUUCGUCUGGCCAGCAAGUUAAUCCCAGGAGCUUCUGUUUAUGUACAGAUCUGAUUCGACUGGUCUCCCUGACCUGUCUACGCUCACGAUCUUCUACAAUGGUACCGUGACCGCUGUUAAUAUUACUCACGACAAGGUUCGGCUCCACACGACUGCAUUCACUCGUCCUCUCUUCGAAUUUAAGAGUCUGUACGGAUUAUCAAGCACGACCGCUCACUUCGUCGUGAUUUCAGGCGGGGGCAGUUAUAAAGAUGGUGGAGUCUCUGACCGCCAAGAGAUCAGAUGGACCCCCAAAAGGAACUCCAGCCAGCGGCAACCGACUAGGUGAGCUUUUACAAAUUCUCUUCCAGAUUUCUUCCCAUUCGACCGUGAUUUUUUCAUGUUUAUUUCAAUCCACGACUAGGAAGAUCCUCCCAUGAAUCGUCCAUCCGCUUACAGGUUCUAUUAUCUUGGUUUUGUCCAUCUCCAGAUCUGCCUAUCAUGAGGAGCAAGUCCCUCUACAGGUUCUUGGAGAAGAGAAAAGAAAGGUAGGAACCGCCUCCCUGAUCAUCACUCCCUCGCCGCCUCCCUACUCCAAAUAUGGAUUCGCUCGCCAGUUUCCCUUUUCCUGUUUACAUCACCGCCGAGGCGUCACGAACCUUACAUGGCCGGGCUUCUAGCACAGCGGCUUUCACGUUAGAUCGGGCGGCCACGGUUCUGAAUCCUUCCCUGCCAUUUCCACAGGCUAGCGUCGUCCUCCCCGUACCGCAAGCCCAUCACUACCACUGAUUCCUGCUGA